GAAUGUGCCUAUAGCCACUUUCAUUGCGUGUAUUGUGUAUCGAACAAAAAAAAAAAUUAACGGACAAUAAAACACGUAAACUGGCAUUGUUAAAAUUUCUCCAGCACAAUACCCAGAGUUAAACUCAAUAAGUUAUAAUAAACAUUAAAGAACAUAUAUUUAUAUAUAAUAAUAUUUAUAUAAGUACCUACGUCUUGUGUUAUAGAUUGUAAAACCUAAAAAUAAUUUGACAAUCGUGGAGUUGAAUAAUCAGUGCGUGGUGUUGCUGUUGUUAAUUUUAUUAAACAACAAUUGUAUCAUCACAGUUAUAUUAUGUCGCAGUUUUAUUUAUCAUCGUGUAAUGGGGACUCUUGCGCAAUUAACUGACAUCAACAGUGACAUCGUCAAUGCAAUACCAUUCGCAAUGAAUUCGCUAUGAUAAUUAUGAUACAAUAACCUAUAACUUGAAGUUUUUUUUUGUUAUUCUAAUCAGAAAAAAUUUCGUUACUUGUCAGCUAACGAAACGUUUGCUUAUACUCAUACUCAGUCGUUAGCUGUCUACAUACUUAUUUAUAUAUAUAUAUACGUAUAUAUAUAUAUAUAGAUAUAAAUAUACAUUGGCUUAUAUAUAUAUAUAUAUACAUUAUAUAUAUAUAUAUAUCUAUGGUGUGUCACGUGAAAUUGUCAUCAUCGACGUCCUCGUCGUCGCUGUCCAUGUAUAAUUUUAAUUCAUCAUUUUUCAAAAAUUACUCAAAAUUAGAAUCGAUAGCUUACAAAAAUUAUAUUCGUCCAUUUCAUUGAAAUUCAAUGAAAAUAUUAGGACAAUAUUUAAAUUUUGUUUUAUAACUUUAUUUUAAUUAACUUGGAUUUCAUUUUAUAAUUUGAUUGUUUGAAUUUGAGUCUAUGGUGGUUUUGUUGAGGAAAUAAGGAAGAGAAAUUAUAAAAUAAAAUAAUAAGAAAACGAUGUCUCAGUUGAAUAUAAGCAGCGGAAAACGCGGCAGAGGUGUUGCAAGUACUUCAGCAGCAGCAGUGUCUGCGUCAAACAGCUCGACGGACUUAGCCAGUCUCUUUGAAUGCCCGGUCUGCUUUGAAUAUGUUUUACCUCCUAUUUUACAGUGUCAGAGUGGUCAUUUGGUUUGCAGUAAUUGUAGACCUAAAUUAACUUGCUGUCCUACCUGUCGAGGUCCACUAGGUAAUAUUCGUAAUCUUGCGAUGGAAAAAGUUGCAAGUAAUGUAAUGUUCCCGUGCAAGUAUUCGACGAGCGGUUGCACAGUUUCGAUGGUGCAUAUAGAAAAACCAGACCACGAAGAUGCGUGCGAAUUCCGUCCUUACAGUUGUCCGUGUCCUGGUGCUUCAUGCAAAUGGCAAGGCUCGUUAGAGGAAGUCAUGCCUCAUCUUGUUAUGAGUCAUAAAAGUAUUACUACAUUACAAGGUGAAGAUAUUGUAUUUUUGGCUACUGAUAUUAAUCUUCCUGGUGCUGUUGACUGGGUUAUGAUGCAGUCAUGUUUUGGUCAUCAUUUUAUGCUUGUACUAGAGAAACAAGAAAAAUAUGAUGGUCAUCAACAAUUUUUUGCUAUUGCGCAGUUAAUUGGAUCUCGUAAACAAGCUGAAAAUUUUUCAUACAGAUUGGAAUUGAAUGGAAAUCGGCGACGAUUGACCUGGGAAGCAAUGCCAAGAUCGAUUCACGAAGGUGUCUGCUGUGCGAUACUCGCAUCUGACUGUCUCGUUUUUGAUACAUCAAUAGCGCGGCGUUUUGCGGACAACGGUAAUUUAGCAAUCAACGUUACGAUAUCCAUGGUAUAAAUAAAAUAAAAAGAAAAACUUUUAAAUCUCUCAGUAACAAUAAUAAGCGUUUAAACUUUAGUAAGAAAAACAUUGAAUCGAAAAAUGGAAAUCGAUAAAUUAAUCAUUAUAUUUCAUACUUUUUCAUCUAAUACAAUACUGUAUUACAGCAGUAAAUUAUCUACAUGGUUGCGGACGAUUUGUUUUUCAUCAAAUUUAAAAUUUAAAAAUACUUAUAUUCCCAGCGACCGAAUGAUCAUUUUCUAAAAUUUCAUAUUUAUUAUAAAUUUCGACUCAGUUUUAAUCUUUGAAUAUUUAAAAUAAGCUGUCCUAAGUUCUCCUGAAGAACAACGAACUUGUGUGUAAAUUAAAAUUAAUUAAUUUUUAAUAAAUUAUUAACUUUAUUAGACUUAUUACUAAUUAUUAUUACUGUGAGUGUUGCUGAUAAAAGUCUAGACUGAAUUGUACAUUGUGGUUACAAUAAUACCAAUAGUGAUAGUCUAUUAUUAUAAUUAUUAUUAUUAUUAUUAUUAUUAUUAUUAUUAUUACUAUUAUUAUUAUUAUCAUUAUUAUUAUUAUUUUUAUUGUCAUGAAUAAUUACCAUAAUAAUAAAUAAUUAUGAGGACUCUGGAACAAAAAAAAAUUUUAACUGAAAUUUAAAAUAUAAUUUCAUUUUAAUUAUUAAUUAAUUAGAUUAGAAAGUAAUUAAAAAUAAAAAAAAAAAUUUAAUUUAUGUGAGAUGUCUAUUAGUGAUUCUUUAAUUAAAGUUAAUUUGUUAAUUAAGUUAAUUAAGUAUUUUAAUAAUUUAAAACAAACCACAAGUUUCUCAGCAUUAUAAAUAAAUUGUAAUACAUGAAAUUAAUAUCAUUACUUUUGUUUCAAUUGAUUGUAGUUUUAGGUACGAUGUGAUAAAUAUAAAUUAUUAGCUAAUUACAAUUUCACCACCCACUAAAAUAGUUUAUAUACAUAACUUACUGUAAUGUCUAAUAGUUUUUUUAGUUUAUCAUUAUUAAUUAAUUAAUUGAUAAAUAUUAAUUUUAACAUUUUGUUAAUUA